AUGCUAGUCCAAAAGUGCAUUCCACUCUGGAUUCACGAUACUGAUCUGGACGAAAUUCAAGCUUUGCGGGAGGAAAUUGGCUGUCUUCGCCUUGAGAAUCUAGCUCGCCGACACUCCGCUUCUAUCGGUCUUCAUUCUUCGGCCAGUUCACUUUCCUGCCCCACCUCACCUUGUUUCUCUGGCUCUUUUUCAUCUUCACAUUCGCCUGUAAGGCCCAAUCACGAGCCAAUAGAACUGGAGGAAUCUGGCACACAGGACAUUCAAAUUAUCGAACAGGAAAUAGUGAAUAUCGACGAAAAUAUCGAAGAGAUUUGCAAAGACAAAGCCUUCCAGGAGAUCGACCACUCGGAUUGUCAGGAACAACCAUCACAUGUUUUGCAUGAUAGAUCCUCUGAUUACCAUAAACAUAGUCAUUCUUGCUCUCAUCAUCAAUCUAAUCGCAAAUCACGCCCCCAAAAUCGACGCAAGAGCAAUAUUCCAACAGCAUUGACAACACCAAGUAUGAGUUAUGAACGUCGUGUUCGCUCUAUUGCGGAUUGUGGUGCUAAUAUAACUAGCAUGGGGCGAUCACUUGGGGGUGGCUUGUCUCUGGACCACCAGCUCUCAGAGGCCUCGAGUGCUCGCCUUUUACGCUUGGAGGUCGAGAAUCAUCGGUUGGCGGAGGAGUUGACAACUGUGCGUCAUUCUGCUGGGCUGGCUGCGCUGGCGGUUAAGGAGGCUGCAGAGGCGGAAGAGAGGUUGAAUGAGGUGAAGAGAGAUAACGCCUUGCUUCUUAAGAAGGUGAGCUGA